GGACGUAAAGGCGAAGGGAAGAGACGGCAAUGAGAAAGUACUCCCUGCUAUUUAUCCCCGUGUUUCUGAUAUAUAUUUUGAUUUGGUUGAAGAAUGACGGCCCGGUCAUUCAGAGCAAGCGAGAGAUCAAGACAGACGUUUGCCCCAAGGGAUGGAUGAGAUUUGAAAACAGUUGCUACAGGGCAUUUUACCAGGAGAAUGCUCUUGAGUACAAAGACACCAUACCUCGCUGUCUCGAGUACAGUGGUUGGCCGGCAGUCCUCGCCUCACGGGAGAAUAACGCGUUCAUUCAUUCGCUGUUGAACGAGCGGGGUGCCGCCUAUGGACCGGCUUUCAUUGGUUUGGUGUACAGCGCAGUGAUCGGUACAUAUCAAUGGCAUGACGGGACUGCGCUAAACUUCACGAACUGGGCUCAUGGUGAGCCCGCAUCCACCAGCACGAAGCCUUGUGUGAGCAUCUCUGACGUAACUAAGAAAUGGACCAGCGUUGCGUGCUCGCUGACGUCAAUUCGACGCUACGUUUGCCAAAGUUCAGUGCACCGUUCAGAAAUCCUGGAAGCUACUUACGAUGAAGCGACUUUAAGACAAGUUCCAAAACACUUACACUCUGCGGGUGUCGGAGAGUUUACGGAGGAAAUGUACCAAAGCGCACUUGUUGCCGGCAAGAGGCGGGAGAAAAAAGGAUUCCUGACCAUAGGCCUCCCGACAAUGCACAGACGGUCUGAUCGCUGGUACCUACAGGAGACGCUAGAUUCUUUGAUCAAACAUAGCAGAGAAGAGGACAAAAGUGAAGUUGUGGUAGUUGUUUUCUUGUCAGAUUUUGAUCCAAGUUUGCGAAGCGAGUUGAGGACAAAAAUCACAUUGAUUUACCCAACCUACAUCGACUCUGGCUUCAUCCAGAUCAUUGAAGCACCGCGUGAGUUUUAUCCGUCCUUGUCUAACCUUAGGACGACUUACAAACAUCCAAUGGAUCAGAUCAUCUGGCGUUCAAAACAGAAUUUCGAUUUUGCCUUCCUCAUGCAAUACAGUCAAAGCAUCUCUGAGUUUUAUCUUCAGUUGGAAGACGACGUAGUUACUGUGCCCAUAUAUGUGAGGCUAAUAAAACAGUACAUUGCCAGAAUAAACAGAAAAGCAGAACAGGACUGGUGGUCGGGCGUGUGGACUUGUUUGGAGUUCAGUGAACUUGGCUUCAUUGCAAAACUCUUUCAUUCGUACGAUCUCACGAAGUUAGCCAGCCUCCUUAAACUUUUCUACAAUGAACAACCCAACGACGUCCUCCUCCUUCACUUUAACGAAAUGAUGCUCCAGUUUAGGAGGUAUCUUAGGAAACCUACCAUAUUUCAACACAGAGGAUUCGUUUCGAGCCUCCAUCGCAAACGAGAGCCCCUGAUAGACCUAAUGUUCAGCCCGAAUGCUUCCAUGAACGAUUCUAGCUCUGAAAGAAAGGGAUUAAUUCCAGCUGAAAUCAGACGACUGAACAAUCAAGAAGGUCCUGAACAAGAACUGUGGGAAGAAAGAAAAAAAGUCUUGAGGGAAAUAUUUUGUUAACCAAAAACAACAUAAGUUUCUUCAACUCACACAAUAAUGGUGGAUCUGGAUAGUGGAAGCGCUCCACUUGGAUAGAUUUUUCUUACGGGAUAGUUUUUUUAGAAGUUAAGGAACCUCUUGAAGCGAGUAGCCCAGCAAGGAAAGGUUCUACUCUGAUGUAAUGUACUGUAGUGAGAGGGUGUUUUCUAGACAGGGGAUAGUUGUGACAAGCAAAAGCUAUUCUGAAUGAUGCAUUCCUCAAGUAGCAGUGGUGUUCAAAGUGAAUAAAAUUGCUGUAAUGGGUUGAGACCUUGAAGGGAAAUUGCUCCUGCCAGAGAGGCUUAUCUUGGAAAAAGGAACGCCUUUAAAGAGACAAUGGAGACCACUGCGGAAAACACUAUGUAUAACAGAACAUUGUCUCGCACUACAACAAAUGCAGCUAGACCAAGCGUUUAUACUAGAGUGCUAAACUAUACUGACCUGAUCGAUUCUUAAUGACGUCAGUGUAUUAGAGAGAAAACAUUAUUAAUAGACCAGCCUCUCUUUCUAGAAAACUUUGAAGCGCAAAAGCCCGUCACACAUAUGUUUUGAGAGAACUAAUCUUUUGCCUUUUCGCUAUAUACCAAAUGAUUACGCAAUAUCAGUAUCUCCCAGGCAGAUCGUAAAACAAAUGUAAGUAUUUGAGUACCCCUGAUUAGGGGUUCGGAUGUAGUUUUAGAGAUAUUCCAAUUCUAAUAGAAACUAGUCAGAAAUUCUAAAAUGAUAAACGAUAAUGAUAACGUCUAUGGUACACAGCUAACACCAUAGUUCAAAGAGAUUUACGGCGAAAUAACACUAUUUAGCUCAUACAAAUGAAGAGUCUUCUACAGUCAAAAAAUCUUUGGCAGUGUCCGUAAAAUUCGCCUGAUGUAACGUGAUAAUAUUCCCUGCCUGAGAAGAAGACAGGUAUAACAUUGAGUAAGGCAACUAUACUGUAAUAAUGUUUGAAAGUGUAGUCAUUAUAUACGUCAGCGAUAGGUGUAUGGGCUGUUUCCGUAUCAUCUCCCCAAUCUAGCUA